GUUUUUAUGAAUUCCUUCAGAGGAAAAGUUACAAAAGUAUGUGUUUCUUUGCCAAAAUAAAUCUGUGUUUAAAUAUUCCCAGUAAUGUAGGAAGAUAAUUACUUGUGCAGACAUGACACACUUAAAAAAUCCAUAUUAGCAUAUCUGAAAUAAUCGAAUAGGUUGCUGGUAUAUAAUUGGUACUGUGGAUUUCUAUUUACUAAAUUUACAAUUUUCUGCAGGGGGUGGUGCAGUAGUGCAGUGGUUGGCACUGUUACCUCGCACCUCUGGCACUAGGUGUCUCUGCCAUGGCUGUGUGUGUGUGGAGUUUGCAUGUUCUCCCUGUGUUGUUUUGGGAUUUCCUCUAGAAACUGCUCCUCUAGUUUCCCCCAAAGUCCAAAAACGAGGUUAAUUGGAGUUGCUGAAUUGCUGCUAGGUGUGCAUGUAUAAGUGAAUGGUGUGUGAAUGUGCCCUGUAAUGGGUUGGUGCCCCAUCAUGGGUUAUUCCCUGCCUUACACCCAUAGCCACUAUGUUCAACAUCACACACAUGGUCAUGCACCAUGGUAAUUACUUACUACAGGCAAACUUGCUUCACCAAUGAGUUUAUCUACACGUCUAUGGACUGAGGAAGGAAAGCUCCAUACUCAUAGAGCAGAGGUUCAAAAUGCAUAACAUUUCAACAGAAUUCACGCAUCCAUCCAUCCAUUUUUCAAACAACUUAUCCCAUUGGGUCGCGGGGGGUCCGGAGCCUAUCCCGGAAGCAAUGGGAACAAGGCAGGGAACAACCCAGGAUGGGGGGCCAGCCCAUCAUAGGGCACAUUCACACACCAGUCACUCCCACAAGCACACAUACAGGCAAUUUAGCAAGUCCAAUUAGCCUCAGCAAGUCUUUGGACUGUGGGGGGAAACCGGAGGAAACCCCAUGACGACAUGGGGAGAACAUGCAAAAUCUGCACACAAGUGACCCAGGCGGAGACUCGAACCCAGGUUCACCCAAGAACCCAGACGUGUGAGGCAACAGUGGUAACCACUGCACCACCAUGCCGCCCCAUCAACAGAAUUCAUUUCUAUUUUAAUAGUUUUAAAUAGGUUUUUUGAAUCAUUAUCUGAACCAGAUUGUCAAGGAGAUACGAAUAACAUCAGAUUUUGUUCCUUUUAGAAAAACCAAAGAAGGUUUUCCUACCCAUUUGUUUGAUCAUUUGGUUUUAUGUUCAAGUGGUGGCCAGUGUUCUCCUCCAAGAUAAUCUAAGUGAUUUUACAUAAUCACGUGAGAGUUUUGUGCAAAGCACAGGCAGGGAUGAAAGUGUCUCUGUCUCAGACACCUCAGUUAGGGGGCGUUCGGCCAUCCAGGUGCUGAUGUCACUCUAACUAGCAGUGAUGUGCAAGGAGAUCAGGAGGGAACAUGAAGUGCAGUUAUUAUUGCGGACAUGUGAGAUGAUGAAAUUUCAUUCACGGUGAAAGAUGAUUGUUUUGGUAUCUAGGUUAUUAUGCCAACCUCACUGACAUGAGAAGUAUGAUUUCAGUGUACAUUCCGAUUUCCGGGAGAAAAUACUGAUGUCUAUCGAACAAUAUAUUCAGCUCAUGCCAUUGUGCCAAGUUUUUCAAACUUUCAGCCUUCUGUUACUCUUGUGUCAUCAUAAGUCCCAAACUCUUAAUUACUGAGUAAUUAUCGAGACUGAAAUGUCAUAGUAAAGAAAACAAAAGUAGCCUACUGCAAACUUAACAUUUCUUGAAGUAAUCAACCCUAAGCUGUUGUUUGAUUGCUAGUAUAUGCUUGGUAUUGUCAAUUUAAAUUUAAUAAAUACACUUUUAUGUUUCUUUUUUAGGCAAAUAUGAAUUAUCAAAUCUACAUUCUCCUUCUGCCUGCGUUGUAUGACGUGUGCCUGUGUUGUUCAGCUGGAAAAGAGGCCAAUAAAGUUUGCUAUAAGGACUCGGUAACCAAAAUCCCAGAGACUUUGGACAGCAACAUCACUAGUAUAUCCUUUUUCAAAAGCAAAAUAUUCACCAUUCCGCCAAGAGCUUUUAUCAAUAUGUCUCACAUAGAGAAUCUGGAAUUCCUUUCUACUCCUAUCACAACCAUCGAGGCAGGUGCAUUUGAAGGUUUACAUAACUUGAAGGCAAUUGAAUUUAUAAGUACGUCAAUAACAUCAAUUCCAAUGGGAGCUUUUCAGGAUCUGCCAAGCCUAGAGAAGCUUGUUUUAAAAGACAACAAAAUAAAAUUUUUGGAAAAAGGACUUUUCGAUGGUCUUGAAAAGCUGAAGGAACUGGGCCUGAACAUGAAUGAAAUUGUUUCAAUUGAUGAAGGAAUUUUCGAUCAGCUGGAUGGCCUACAAGCACUUCAUUUGGGCAGGAAUACCAUCACUUCUGUCUCCAAAGAGAUGUUUGAAAAACUGAGUAAAUUAGAAAUCAUCAGACUCUAUGACAAUCAGCUUAGCAUCAUUCCAGAUGAGAUCUUUAGUAAUCUAACAAACCUUAAAGAGAUUGCUUUACAGGGCAACAAAAUCAGUGUUCUACCCCCAAAACUAUUUCAUAAUAAACCUAAUUUGAAAAAAAUAUAUUUGGAAGAUAAUCUAUUGACUGAAUUGCCUCAUGAGAUAUUUAUGAAUCUUUCUUCAUUGAAAACAUUAAGACUUCAAAACAACCAACUAGUAAGUCUUCCACCUUUUCUCUUUGGGAUGAUGCCAAACAUAACGGAGCUUGAUCUCAGUGAAAACAACCUCGCUGCCCUUUCAAAAGAUGUAUUUGGCUCUAUUGCAGAAUCCAAAAACCUUGACAGACUUAAAUUGUCCCGUAAUAAUUUGAAAAACCUCCCAGAAGGAAUAUUUGACUCUGUUUCUAUCAGUCGAGUUCAUCUGGAAAAAAACCCCUGGAACUGUGACUGCAAGUUCAUACCUCUCUUCCAAUGGAUGAAACGAAACAAGUCAAAUAUAUUUAGAUUCUCAAGUCUUAAGUGUGCAAGCCCAGAACAUUUAAAAGGACAAAUUAUUGAGUCCCUAAAAGAGGACCAGCUGGUAUGUACGUUUACUUUGCCUCCCACGACAACAAUCAGCAUGUUUAACACCACCUAAAAAACAACACCUUCAGUCAAACUGACAAGCACAUUCCCUGCAGCUACAACCUCCAUCACUACACAGACAAGUGAAUUACCCAGCAUACCCACACCCACAAUGUCAACCACUGCAACUACGGCAACAACAAUGGGAACGAUGUACUGUAAUCGACAGCCACUAUUUUGACAACUAUGCCUACAAGUUCAACACUGCUAAGCACUUUGACAAAUACCACCAGUCCCCCAGUAACCACCACGGAGAAGCACCCAACAACUGGCCUUCCUUCACCUGUUCUUUUUGUUACAACCCAGAGACAACCUGCACAACUUCAGUCAACGCAGAAGAGCUUUGCUUGUAUGGACACAUCCUAUUCCUAUCCAUCCUUCUACACAAUCAAAUAAGAUAAUCUGCCCAAUAAUCCUGGCUUUAUUUACUUACUCCUUUUACUGGUCCCUUCAAUUUUGGGAAUUUAAAACUAGCAGAAGCUUACAUCAAUAGCUGCCUGCUCUGUGUUAAUCAUCUGAAAGACAACUUGUUAUACCUGGACUUAUUAACAGUGAUUAUUACUGAUGGGCUGUAUAUUUGAAAUUUGUGCAUAUGUUGGCACCUUGAGUAAAUUUAGUUUUUUACAACCUCUAUGACAGUUUUUGCAAUACAUUUAACAAGUUUCCUAAACGCACCAACACACCUAAAACACACAAUUGACAAAACGGUUAACUUCAUGCUCAAAAUCACACGUUGUACACUAAACCUCAAAACUAAUUUUCAAAAUACAAUAAUAAACUACCACAGUACACUAUGUCUAGCAAAACACUGCAAACGUGUUUUAAAAUCAAAUAAUUAUUGAUAACACUAACACAUGUUCUCUUCCACCAGAACAUUUAGUCAAUCACACUGACAAAAAAAAACACUAUCAUCAGCUGAAAUUACAGAAACUGCAUUAUUUUAUGUGUCAGGUCUGCCCUUAUAUUUGAAGCCUUUCUACAUUUUUGUUUUGUUGGGUUAGUAAAUGCAUGCAUUUUGUUUCCUUUGCUGCAGAAAUUCAAUACAAAAAAAUUAAUGACCAUCUCAGAGUACCUUUAUAAAAUGUACAGUUUAUGUAAAAAAAAAAUACAGACACAGACCUGCUGCAGUACAGACUUUUAUUUGCAUUCUAACUCCUCUCCCUCUACCUUGUCCCACUCCUCUAAAUUGUCCUGGUACUCGUCCCUUGUGCAGGCUCUUUCUUUCUUUCUUUUUCUUUUUCUGUUGCUCUAUAUUGUUCCUUUUCCACAUAAGAUCAGCCCAAAGAGUCCUCUUUUAGAACAUAUGAUUAUGUGAUUGGAAAAACCUCAACACCUGAUUGUGGUUCCUAGAUGGGAAUCAGCUGUGAUUUAUAUAUUUCCAUAACUGCAAUAAGUUGUUUCUAAUUGGCAAUGGAAUAAAAUACAGGGAAUAUAUUUGUGUUUCAAUUCACAAUAUGAACAGCUGUUCACUUUGACUUUAGCCUAUAUAAGUUAUGUUUAGAGCAUGAUGUUAUCUGUUCUGACAUACAGUGUGAAAGCAUUUGUAAAUUUGACUGUAAUAUUACAUUGUUUUGGUCUUGGUUGAGCUUGUGUGUAAAAGAAGUUCAAGCAUUUUAAAUUGGUGUUAACUGUAUGCAUUUUGUAUCAUAGCAACAAGAAAUGUGUUAAUUGUAUAGCCUAUAAAGACGGAUGUUGUGCUAAUUGUUAAGAGUUUAGGAAACUUGUUAAAUGUAUUGCAAAAACUGUCAUAGCGAUUGUAAAAAACUGUAAAUGUGUGCUACUGCAUGCAAAAAUUGUUGUUCUUGGACUUUAAUCAAUGUGUCAACCUUCUGCAUGCAUACAGUACAGUAUAUCUAUCUAUCCAUCCAUCCAUGGUCAUGUACUGUGUAUAUACAGGUGUCAUACUGUGCAACUACUUAACUUAGCCAAUGAAUGAAUGUAUGAAAUUGUUUUCACAGAAACUUUAUUUGCUGCAUGUCUGUUUCAAGUACCCAAUGAAGAAAAGUCUUACAUAGAUUUUUAAUGUAAUAAAUGUUUGUCGUAAUUUA